CAAACCCAGAACCAGGCUUCAGCUCCCAGGAGACCCCGCGGCCCCGCCCGCGCCCGCCGAGGGACCAGGCUUCUGGGAGCGGCCCCGAGGGCCGCGGCGGAGGCGCGGGCGCCCACGGGCCGGCGCGAUCGCAGGGCGGGGCCACAUCUUAAAGGGCCGGAGCCGAAGAAGACCGGUGAGGGCGGGGGCGAAACGCAGGGUGGUGAUGCCGCGUGGCCCCGUGUAGAUUUCUUUUAAAUCUCUCCAGCUCCUGGCCCAUGGAGCCCACGCAAGACUACCCACUGUUUGGGGGCGCCUUCUCCGCCACGCUCCCUGUCGGGGCCAUUGACGUCAGCGACCUCCGACCGAUCCCGGACAACCAAGAAGUGUUUUGCCACCGCGUGACGGACCAGAGCCUGAUCGUGGAGCUUCUGGAGCUGCAGGCCCACGUGCGGGGAGAGGCGGCCGCGCGGUACCACUUUGAGGAUGUUGGUGGGGUGCAGGGGGCUAGGGCUGUUCACGUGGAGGCUGUGCAGCCCCUCCUUUUGGAGAACCUCGCCCUGAGGGGCUGCUGUGAAGAAGCCUGGUUCCUCUCAGGCAAGCAGCAGGUAGCUAAAGGGAACCAGCAGGUAACAAAGGAUGUGACACUGCACCAGGCCUUGCUGAGGCUGACUCGGUACCAGACUGAUCUCCUGCUCACCUUCAAUCAGCCCCCCCCUGACGACAGGUCAUCUCUUGACCCUGAAAACCUGUCAUUUCCACCCUGGAGCCUGGGUGACUUUGAACGGCUGGUGACCAGUCUGACUCUUCAUGAUCCCGACAUCUUUGGCCCCCAGUAAAGAUGCUGAAAUGCUACACGAUGCUGCUGAAGUCUUGGGGGCCCCAUUCCGCAAGGGGAGCAAAGGGUUGGAUAUAUUCCCCAAACUCCUUCCCUGUGUAUGAACAUAAGACACCUCUCUGCAGAAAUAAACUUGCUUUAUAACCAA